AUGGUCGAUAAAAUUUCCAACAAAUUCGUACUUUCCAUCGAUGGUAAAGAAUUAGACUUUGUUACUGGUAUCCCUUAUAAAAUUUCAAACAAAGUAAAUUAUAUAGAUGAUUGGGGUGGCAGUGAUGGUUCAUGUCCUUGCCUUUCUCCCGAAAACUUUUCUUCAAAUAAUUCCAAAUAUUUGAGACAGUUAUGGGUUCUUAAGGAAACUUCUCAUCCAAGAGAAUAUAAAAUCUUUGCCAAUAAAAAUUAUUUGGAUAGUUGGGGAGGUGGUCAUGAAGCGAAACUCCACUUGAAUUCAACCGAUUAUCUUCCAGAAACACCUGGUUAUUCAAGGCAGAUUUGGUCUUUUUACUCUAGGAAUGAUUCUUCUAAAGAACUUCAGAUACAUAAUAAACAGAAUAAUUGUGUUUUAGAUACUUGGGGUAAAGGCAGUGGUUCUUACAUCUAUUUCAGUUCUCAUUUUCAGGGUCCAACAGCUGAAAAUUUUGCAAAACAGUUAUGGAAAUUUGUCCCAGCUUUUGAUUACAAAUUAUAUGCCGUGAUUAAGAACUUUAAAUAUCAACUUUCUUCAGAUAUUGAAAAACAGAAAAUUAUAAAAACUAUUCGUGAAGAUACUCUGGAUAAUCUAGCAUCUUCAGCAAAACUUACCACCGCUUUUAAUUUUCAAGAAGAAUUAACUAAUACGUAUAGCUUUAGUUUUAAUGAAUCUCUCGAGUAUAUUUCAGAAACAAAAUUAAUUGUUGUUAUUCCUUUUAUGAAUAUUGAAAAGGAAUUUAAUUUCAAACAUAGUUUUGAAGCUAAUAAACCAAUCGAAACUAUAAAGAAAGAAACAUGUAACAUAACUAAAACAGUUGAAGUACCACCUAAUUCAUGUGUAAAAUCUACAGAUUUUGCUGAUUUUAUGGAAAAUUUAGAAAUUCCUUUUGAAGCUACUGUAGAAAUAACGGCUACGGGUGAUCGUUACAAAAAAGAUGGUACAAUGGCUAAAAAUGUCAAAGUCGAUGCAGAUGCUGUAAAAUUAUUUUUGAAGGAAAAUAAUUUCAAAGGCAAAAUAUUCAAAUCUGAAGGAUAUUUUAUUCAAGCUAAAGUAAAGGGUACACUCCGUGGUUCAUAUUUUACAAAGACUUACAGAAAAUUAGAAGAUCUACCAAAAAAAGUUAAUGAUAAACAAGACAAGAAAUCAAAGUGA